AUGAGUUAUAAUUCUGCGCAGCAUCAUUUGAAUAAUUUGUUUGGGGAUGGGAGUGGAUGUGGAGAUGGGGCCCAUGGAAGGCCAGGGAAUAGUCCAGAUGUUCACGGAGGUUCUACUAUGACGCCUGCCAUACUGUUGGAGCAGUUGGCGUAUGUUGAUAAUUUUAUGACAGAUCUGGAUAACGACUUUUCUAAUUUGGAUGUGUUGUUAGAUGGUAAUGGGGUGCAGAAUGAGGUGAAUCUUGGUUUGUCCCUUGAUGAGCGUUUGGCGGCAGAGUUGAGUGCGUUUGCGGAUGAGAGUUUUAUAUUUCCAGAUGAGGAUAAGCGGGAUAGGGAUGGGAAGGAUGACCGUGAUGCUGACCAAGAAGAUGACGAUGAUGCUGAUGACGAAGGCGGCAGUAAAGAAGGGGCGCGGGCAGGCGAGUAUCGUAAGCUGGGGCUGGAAGAUAAUGGGGAGAUGUCUUCGAUGAGAAAGGCGCAGUUUUAUUCCGAGCGUCGUAAUAAUCUGUUGGCAUCUCAGUAUGAUUAUACUCGGCAGCGGUUGUCAAAGCGGCAGAAUAGCGAUGAACAGGUUACUCCUGGGGAUGAUCAUGGUGGGUUUACAAACUUUGAUAUUGCACAGCAGCCGCAGCAGCCUGUCACUAACUUGAUCAGAAAUGAACAACAGGGACCGGAGCGGGCUCGGGAGUUCCGAAGUUCAUCUUUCCCUAACGGCUUUGACCCAGCAAAUUCUCAUAACAAUGCAUAUUUUCUGUCAAAUUCUGCAUAUAAUAGUUCUACUACUCGUAACGACGAUUAUACCCGGCGAUUUCCAAAUAUACAGCUUCCAGAUUAUCCCUCAGUCCCUACUUCUACACUUGUGGCGUUGUUACCGAAGAUUGAAGUACCUCAAGGAGCAUAUCAAUCUUUACUGGGGGUGGGGUUUUCACAUGAUCAAAUUGACGCGAUAUCGGCAAUCAUAGCUUACCACCAAACGCAUGGAAUGAAUUCCCAUAACAAUGCGCUUUCUGCAGCCACUGCGGCUGCUGCAAGGUAUGCUGUUGAAUCCCCAGAAGUGGAUUUAGCAAGAAAUUACACAAUGAGAGAUCCUGCGAGUUACUCUGAAUCUGGUCCACUGGAAUCCCUGCGAAGAGGGAAUGAUGAUGAUGAUAAUAAUAAUAGCAAUAGAAAUGCUGGGCCGGGAAAUUCCACUUCUAACCAGUAUCCGUUUAAAUCCUCGUUGGCUGAUAAUCCAGUCGCUCUUUUCUUGGAUUUUUUAACCCAUGGUGUAACAGACGAACAAACGUCUCAAUCUUCGACUGACAAUCAACCUUAUAAUCAGUCAUCAUCUAGACGGGAUAAUCGUCUAAUUCAACACGAAAAAUCGGCGGUGAACGAUUUAGAUUCCGAUUUUUUUCUUUUAGAGGGCCGUAAAUCUGAUAGGAAAGAGAGAAAGGAUAGUGGUGAUAGUAGCGACUCUCGUGAUCUGACCCCAUUGUUUAACACCGGAGAUACUAGUAUAUCUAGUGUACCAACUUCCCUGUCUACAAAUUCUAAGAGCAACAAAAAUUCGUAUGCCCAUGUAUAUCAUGACGAUGGAAGUGGUAGCUUGUCAAAUCCAACACGCCUUGAUCGAAAUGAUAAACACAACGGCUCGGUGAACAACGGUAGUUCAAUAAAACGCAAGACUGGUAGUGGGACUCCGGCAAGCAGUAGAUCACAUUUAAAACGUAAGCAAAAAGAAAAGGAGUUAGAAACAUCGGUUCGAGAGUUAAGCGAACUAGCAACCACCUUGAAACAGAGAAUUCAAACUCUAGAGAUGGAAAAUAGAUUGUUAAAAAAUAUAGUAAUGGACAAGGGUGAAGUUGAAGGCAUCAAGAGAGUGAAGCGCGUAAAACGUGAAUCAGUCCAUGAAAUACGCGAAGACAAGUGA